AUAUGAGACUUAUUUAUUGAAGUAUAUUUUCUGGAAUGAAGUAGACAAUCAACAUAGAAAAGGUGCAAUUAUUUAUAAGUAAUGACAGUUCAUUUAUCUUUAGACGCAUAUUUGUUCUUUGUGAUUAGCCCAAAAAGUCUUUGGUGGAAGCAAAGAAACAAAUACCUGUACUUGUAUAGACCUAAAGUCUGCUGGAGGAUAAAUCAUGCCAUUCACCCGAGAGUUUUUCAUACAAGCGAGCCUCGGUGUAAAUGGGCCAGAAGCAGAACAUUUUGGUACAACAAAUACAUUUACAGCCAUGACUUCUUAUACUACAGAGUUUCUAAACUUUUAACUUCUUCUUCCAAAGGACUUACAAAAGUGAACAAUCGCAUGUCACGAAUUAAGAAUACUAUAGAUUCUGUUUCAAAGGCAGUGUCUGGGACUCACAGUGAACUGGUUUCACGGAUUGCUCGAUUAAAGACACACUCAGGUGCCCUGGGAAAAGCAAAUAAAAGUAAUGCAGAUGCAAAUAACAUCAAUGCAAAUCUAGAAAAUGAUAAACAAGUCACAGAUGCCAGAACUCAGGAGGAUUGCAACAGAGGCCCAGCUGCAAAGAAAUCCGCUUGUGCAAAUGAAAACUCGGAGUCUAUGUUAGUACACUCAAGUGGCUCUCAUCAAGAUACUCCAGAAGAUUCAGCGUCUACUAAAACACACCUUUUUCAUAUAAGCUACUUUUCUACAAAUUUUGGAGAGACUUACAACUUUGUAGCUGAUCAUAUCAACUGGUACUUUAACAGUAAUUCUGUUAUGGAUCAAGAGAAAAAAAGGAAUGCUUUAUUACAGGACUCUAAAAGUGAAGAGAGGAAUAAGCUUGAUUCAUCAGAAGGUACUGUAAUGACUGAAGAAAAGACAGUGGAUUCAGCAGCUACUGUAGCUCCUGAAGCAGAGACUCUGGGUGCUCUAAAGACAAAUACUGCUCUUCCAGUUUCCACUAAAAAAAGUAUUGCAAACUUUCUUUCAUAUCCCAGUAACAGUGUACAAGCUUUUGUAGACAGUUACAUCGGUGGGUUGGUUCCCAAGUUAAGAUCCGAUACAAAAGUUGUUUCACAAGAAAAGAGUAAACAGCCAGAACAAGAAGUGUCUGAGAAAGAUGAGGAGGACAAAGCAAAAGAGGCCAAGACUGCAGAAGAGAAGGAAAGGCAUCUGUCUCUUCAGAGAGAAAAGAUUAUUGCAAGAGUGAGUAUUGAUAACAGGACUCGAGCUUUAGUUCAAGCCCUACGAAGAUCCUCUAAUCGAAGAGUCUGUAUCAGCAGGGUUGAAGAACUGACCUAUCAUCUUCUAGAAUUUCCAGAGAGCAGAGGAGUUGCAAUUAAGGAAAAAUUAAUCCCAUGCCUACUGCGACUGAGACAGGCAAAUGACGAAAGUCUUCAGGCUGCUGUUAGAGAGACUUUAGCUAUAAUUGGAUAUACAGACCCUGUGAAAGGCUGGGGAAUUCGAGUCCUCACUAUUGAUGGAGGAGGAACAAGGGGUUUAGUUGCACUUCAGACUCUACGGAAACUAGAAGAACUAACUGGAAAGCCGGUUCAUCAACUUUUUGACUACAUUUGUGGUGUAAGCACAGGGGCUAUAUUAGCUUUUAUGUUGGGGUUGUUCCAUAUCCCUCUGGAUGAUUGUGAAGAACUGUAUCGCAAGUUAGGAUCAGAUGUUUUUAAGCAGAAUGUGAUUGUUGGAACAGUCAAAAUGGGUUGGAGCCACGCCUUUUAUGACAGUGACAUCUGGGAAAAAAUGCUCAAAGAAAAAAUGGGCUCAAAUCUUAUGAUUGAAACUGCAAGAAAUUCCAAAUGUCCAAAGGUAGCUGCAGUAAGCACCAUUGUAAACAGAGGAACACCACUGAAAGCAUUUGUUUUUAGAAACUACAAUCACUUCCCUGGUGUUAAGUCUCAUUAUAUUGGAGGCUGUCAGUAUAAGCUGUGGCAGGCCAUUAGAGCAUCAUCCGCUGCACCUGGUUACUUUCAGGAGUAUGUUUUGGGCAACGAUCUUCAUCAGGAUGGAGGCCUGCUUCUAAAUAAUCCUUCUGCACUGGCAGUUCAUGAGUGCAAGUGUCUUUGGCCAAAUGUUCCAUUACAGUGUCUAGUAUCGUUGGGCACUGGUCGAUACGAAAGUGAGGGAAAGACGAAUGUCACGUACACCAGUUUGAAAGCCAAACUCACAAAUGUUAUCAGCAGUGCAACUGACACAGAAGAAGUUCACACCAUGCUGGAUGCGCUGUUACCCCCAGAUACUUACUUCAGAUUUAACCCUCUUAUGAAUGAAGACAUACCUCUGGAUGAAAGUCGUAAAGAGAAACUCAAUCAGCUGCAGACAGACGGAAUUCGUUAUUUAGAACGAAAUGAAGAAAAACUGAGAAAAGCUGCAAAAAUAUUAACACAAGAAAAAACAACUUUGCAGAGACUUCAGGACUGGAUAAGAUUAAAGGCUGACAUGUAUGAAGGCCUUCCCUUUCUUUCCAAAUUGUGAAUAUGUAAUGCAUGAAAGAUCAUAAAUGUUAAUCUUGUACCAGAAAAUCCAUUCAGUACUGUAAAGGAAGGAUGUUUAUUGGGAGUAAAUGACAUCUUUGGAAAGCUAUCGGAAUUCUGGAGAAAGCCAUUCAGGCUGUUUUGUGCACAUUUACUUGAUACAAGGUCUUAUGGUGUUAAUUAUUUUUUGAACUUUAUGGAUCUUACUGUUGCUCUACUUUGUUAAAGUCAGUAAAACUGAAAAUUAUGAAAACAAUUGUGCUAUGCAUUUUUGGAUGUACGUACCAUAAUUAUGGUGGCAGUAAAAGUUUAUUUAUCAACUA